UGUAAAAUCUCGAUCCAGUUCCAGCAGGGUUUCAGUGUUUUUGGCGGACAUUUUUGAAUUUGUAGCUGACGUUAGGCAAACAACAGAAGUUCAAGUUUUUUCAUCUGCCUGCAAUGGAAAUCUGAAGUGCUCAGUCAUUCCUCAUUUUUUGUUGCCUUAUUUAAGCUUUAGGCAUCUAUUCACAGUGCUAAGAUGAGCCGACGCAGCAGGUAUUCGGAUGCGCCACAACGAGUGGCAGGGAAUAGAAUGAGUAUGGUCGGCGCCACGCCUCAGAGCAAAGACCUAUUUGGCAAAUUAAGCUUAUCAAAAGCACAGUCUGUAACAUCAGAACGAAGAACAAGCUUUUUCGGAGGUGGAAAUGGAACCACAGGAAACCAACGGAAUAGUUUCUUUGGGGCCUAUGGAGGUUCUGAGAAGAUCAAAGAUCCCCGUCCCUUACAUGAUAAGGCUUAUAUUCAGCAAUGCAUCAAACAGCUCUGUGAGUUUCUGUCAGACAAUGCAUUUCCUGGCUCCAUCACUGUGAAGUCACUCCAGUCACCCUCCACAAAGGAGUUCCUGAAGAUUUUUGAGUUUUUGAUGAGUCUGCUAGACCCCACUUUCCAGCUUCCCUCUGUUAAAGUUGAAGAAGAAGUACCGAGAAUCUUGAGAGACUUGGGGUACCCAUUUGCACUCUCCAAAAGCUCCAUGUACUCUGUGGGGGCACCGCAUACAUGGCCACAGGUCCUUGGGUCGCUCGUCUGGCUUAUGGACUCUGUGAGGCUCUUUAGUGGCAUGAAAGACCAGGACCUGCUCUUCUCAGAUUUCUCAGACGGCAGCAACGUGGUGGAGGAAGGAGCCGAGUACAACAAGCUCUUCUUGGAGUACACCUGUGAGACCUACAACAAGUUCAUGCAGGGAGCGGACACGUUUGAGGAGGAGGACGCAGAUUACCUUCACUCACUGAAGAAGCUUUACAAUGUGGAUGAAGAAUACCUGGAAUCUCAGUGCCAGAGGUACCAGGCCCUGGCUGAAGAGGUGGAGAGACUUGAGAAGGAGAGUCACAAGGACCCGCUCAUGAACAAACGCACACAGAAACUCAACAUGCAGACUGACCUGCAGAAGCUUUGUGGUUACCGUGACAACCUGGAAGCCUUUAAAACAAACCAGGACCACAAGGCUGCAACUCUGGCUGAAGAACUUGAGGCUAUAACUCUGCAGCGUGACAGUCUGAAGCAGGAACAGUCCCGACUCCAGAACAUCCUAGAGAACCAGAAGUUCACGCCAGCCGACAUCGAGCGGAUCAACCGGGAGCGCAACGAGCUCCAGCAAACACUGGACAGCUUGAGCCGCAGCCUAGAGGAGACGCAGCAGCAACUGUGGGCCGAGGAGCUCGCCCAGGCCAAGGCUAAGGAGGGGGCUGAGAAAGAGCUGGCCGAAUACCACAAGCUUGCCCGUAAACUCAAGCUCAUUCCCCAUUCGGCUGCCAACGCCUGCGGACACGACUUUGAGAUCAAAAGCCUUUGUGAGUACGGCACUGCGGCCAUGACUGAGUACAAAGCGCAGAUACAGAACCCCCUUAGGAACAUGAUAACAGAUGUAGAGGAGGAGUUUAACAAGCUGUCCAAUAAGAAACUGAGUCUGGUGGAGUCACUGGAGCAGGUGAACUCAAACAUAGUGGACAAAACCAAUGACGUGAAGCAGCUGAAGGAACAGAUCAGGAGACUGGAUGAGCAGCUGGAGCAUGAUCUGCAGGACAUGGCUGGCGAGGAAGAAAGGUGGGCAGCAGAGGUCGAUUCAGCAGAGAAUCACAAGAAGCUUUUAGAGAAGAAGGUGAUGGAUGGGCAUGACGAGGCCACGGAGCAGCUCAAAGCAGCGCAGCAACAGUACCAUCUUGUUCUGCAAGAGACUAAAGAGGAGAGACGCACUACCGUAAAUAAUCUGACCACCGUCUUGAGUGCAGCAAUUAACCACAUGACCAUUAUUGAAAAAAGCAUCAGUGACCAGGCAAAAAGACUUGACCGGGUGCACAAGGAGACUCUGCAGCAAGAUGAAGCCGAUCUGAAACAGAUGAAGGCAAUGGUGGCCAACUUUAUUGCCAAGGCUAACUCUUGCUUUGACAAUGCAAGACAAAGCACUUCUGAAACCGAUGGUGGGCAACUUCAUAGCUAAGACAAAUUCUUCAUAUUUAAAGUAUAAGUUUAUAUUUGACUUGUUAAGAGAAGACAGCCAGGUGACUAGGAACAUAUUAGUCUAGGCCUUUUUUACCUUUUGUUACACGCAAGAGCACCAUUGUUUAGGCAGACAUGUUUAAUGUUUAUUUGUAAAUGUCAUGUUUUUCUAGUGUACUCAUCUAUUGCUAAAUGCUGAAACAUUAAUAAAGAUUCAUCACAUUGAAAACAAAUUA